UACAAGGGACUGUUGAGAUGAGUACUGAUGAGUUGAAGAGUGCUCUGGAAAUGCAACUAGGAACUAUAUUUGAUUUUGUGAAGGAGAAGAUUGAAAAUGAGAUAAAAAAGAUAGACAUGGAUAUGGAAAGUGAGAAAAUUGAUCCAAUUUGCAAUUGUUAUGGCGAUAUCUUCGAAAAAUGCAUUAUUGAAAAGGAGGAUACACGUCGCUUUAUGGUAGAUCAAUUGUAUGAAGUAGUUCAACAGAUUCAUGCUACCAAUUAUGAAAACAUUUCUGAAGCCCUGAUCACUGAAUGGUAUAAGGUUUGCUCAGAUCAAAAACCAUGAAUAUUGAUUAUACAUGGUUAAUGAGCUUGGUCAAAGAACUCAAAAAUUGUUUGAAGGCGAAAAUGGCAGCCGAAACAAAGAUAUGGGAAUUGAAAAAUACUGUGAAGGAGAAGAUUGAAAAUGAAAUAAGAAAGAUUGACUUGAUGAUGGAACCAUUACCUUUCAAGCAGAGAAAGAAUGCUAGUGAAGAUAUCAAUGCAGUGGACAAUAUAGCACAUGGUACAUUCAGAUUAAAUGAAGUGGAUAGCAGUGCAAGCAAACACGUCUUCAACACGAGAGAAAAUGAUGGAGAAAUUUGGGUACAUAUAGGAGACUAUCAUGCAACCCAAAAUGAACGUUGUGCCUUGGAAGAUCAAAAUUGGAUAGAAAGUCCAGUUGUUGAUGUCUUCGGACAAAUGCUAAUCCUCAAACAAAAAAAUCCGGAUGGAAUUAUAUCACGCCACUACUUUCCCACUUACUUUGGGGAAAAGAUUGUUUCAGGAAGCAUAAAGGUAAUACAGGAUCUAGAAUGUUACCAUUCAGAGAAGAACCUACACUACAACUUGACUCGUUGUGAACUGCUUUUCAUCCCCAUAUGCAGGAAGAGACAUUGGUUUUUAUACGUAAUAAAUUUAAAGGGUCAAAGAUUGCAGAUUAUGGAUUCCAUGCGACAAGAAAACAGUCCUUGCCCAAUGAUUACGCCCAAAAUAGUGGAUACAUGCGAGAGGAUAUUAACCUCAUUAAGUAAGGGGAGGAUACAUUCAAUUUCUAAAUGGAUUCUAGAUCGGCCACAACUUCCUUCACAAACAAAUGAGUAUGAUUGCAGUGUCUUCAUGUUGAAAUUUAUGGAAUGUUGGAAUGGGAAAUUGACUGAAAAUUUCUCACAGGAUGACAUUGUAUUUAUCCGAAAGAAGAUCCAGGAAGACUUGAUGAUAUUCUCAGAAUCAAUGCGAAAAAGGAAACUUAAAUAAAGGUAAUCAAUUUUGAUCCAAAGAGAGUGAAAGAGAGAAUCAUGUGAGCAAGCAAGAAGACACCCAGUAGCGGCCUUAGCCGCUGUGUACUUUGGCAGUGGGCCUAGCGGCUUGUUGCAGUAGUAGCCGCAGCCAGAGGCACGCGUGUAAGAGGAAGGGGUGGGACAAAUGUGCGGGCUUGGCAUGUAAGCCUAAUAGGCUACAACCUACCUUUGACAAUAGCAACAAGUCGCAGCCUGCUACCGUGGCCAGUAGGCCACUUGUGGAUGGAAAGGUUGUUGCCUGCAUGUGUGUGGAGUUGCAUUAUUCAUAGUGAUGUAAAGCUUGAAGCUCCUACAAUGAUGGUUGUUUUACAGUAGGGAAGUUUGUGAUGUUUUCCUAUUUGAUUUAGGGAAACUUAGAUUGCAAUCUUAUUAAAUAAUUAUUAAUUCUGUUAGGAUUCCUUGACAAGCAAAAUGAUUUGAUUUUGAAUUG